CAGCGGCUUUCUCGGUUCACUGCCCGGGAUUCUCCUGACUCUCAGUUGGCUGAUGGAAAUCGCCUGGCCUCAGACGCUCGCCAGUGCAAACGGGGACCCUGAGCAAAGGGUGCGACAAUAACGACUUCGGAGGACGCCUCCUCUGCCCUGGCGGUGCCCAGCGCGUGGCCCAGGUGCCCGGGCAGCAGCGCCAUCCUCUGGGCGCAGGCCCACGCCCAGCUCGCCUCCCUCCACAGCCCUUUCACCGGCUGCAGCCUCGGGUCCCCGCAACCAUGGUGAAGUUGGGGAACAAUUUCGCGGAGAAGGGCGCCAAGCAGCCGCUGCUGGAGGAUGGCUUCGACACCAUUCCUCUGAUGACGCCCCUCGAUGUCAAUCAACUGCAGUUCCCGCCCCCGGAUAAGGUGGUCGUGAAAACCAAGACUGAAUAUGAACCUGACCGCAAGAAAGGGAAAGCACGUCCUCCCAAAAUAGCUGAGUUCACGGUCAGCAUCACUGAGGGUGUCACGGAGAGGUUCAAGGUCUCCAUGCUGGUCCUCUUUGCGCUGGCCUUCCUCACCUGUGUCGUCUUCCUGGUCGUCUAUAAGGUGUACAAGUAUGACCGCGCCUGCCCGGACGGGUUCGUCCUCAAGAAUACCCAGUGCAUUCCAGAAGGCUUGGAGAGCUACUAUGCAGAGCAAGACUCCAGUGCCAGGGAGAAAUUUUACACGGUCAUAAACCACUACAACCUGGCCAAGCAGAGCAUCGCGCGCUCGGUGUCGCCCUGGAUGUCGGUUCUGUCGGAAGAGAAGCUGUCCGAGCAGGAGACUGAAGCAGCUGAGAAAUCUGCUUAGCGGGAUGGGCAAGCUCCCUACAAUGUGUCACUUGAAGGUAACAGAGGGACUUUGAGGGACAUUUCAUUAAAUACAAUUACUGGUAAUUUAGAGGUUACUCAUUUACGGUGCAAUUGCUUCUGUUUGCUAAUGCUGCUUUGCAAAUAAAGCUUGCUGCCGACCACCCAUGGGCAUAAAAUCAAGUGCAUAUCGGCAUUGCCUAAAGAGCUCUGACUCCACUUUUCAUGUUAAGAUCUUAAUUUAGCUCAUUUAUUGGGAUUUAUUGGAUGCUGUCAAAAAAUAAAUUUACACUGGAUAUGCCAAGGGUUUGGACUUCCGAUAAAUAAUGCAUUUUCUGGAAUUGAUUUUUUUAAGCCACCUUGUUGUCUGCAAACCUUACUCCAUAGCUAAUCUAGAGUGAUCUCUUGUUUUGCUAAGAGCAAGACUCACUUGACGUUUCUUCCCGUCUGCCAUUGGCUGGAGCAGUGCCGACUGCCAGGGCGCCGGCAGUGAAUGGUGCGAUUCUGGAGUGGGAGAGCCUGCGACAAGGCAGCUUGGUGUGGGUGUGCUGCCGCUGCCCCCAGACGCCUCUGUCCCGUCCCUUGGCUCUGGCGUGUUGAUAAGGGCGGGGCACUGCUGGGUGGAGAUGUGGUGGACUGGUGGAGCUUGAGAGGGAGGGGGCUUGGCAAGAGAUGCCCCUGGGCUACGAGGCUGCAGAGCUGCCAGCUCUCCCUGUAGGUGGGCUGUCCGCUCUGGGACGUGCCCAACAGGAAGCCCCGCUGGCCCUUUCGUUCACUUCUGUUAUGAAUAAAUUUGCAACAACAGCCUUGUUAGCAAGUAAGUUUUUAAAAAAUUAGCUGGGAAGAGUGAAAAUGUAAUUGCUGGUAAGCCAGGGCUAGUUUAAUUUUUAUUUUGUGAAACAGAUCUAACUCCCUUGAGGUGAGAACCAGGCAGGAAAGGCGAGGGGAGGGCUGGUGUGGCACCGUGCAAAUGCAAUGAUGACAUUUCAACUCAUAACCUUUGUACGAAAAUUAUGUUUCCAUUUGAAUCUUGACAUUAAAGUAUGUUUACAAAAUUGCCAGUUAGAUAAACUAAGUGUGUAAGAUAAUUAAAUACAAAAAAGACAUUCACAGCCGUUUCUUCCAUGUUAUUUGAAUGUGUUGUUUCUGGUGGACAUGUCAGAAGUUUCACUGUUUUUUCAGUAGCUCAGAAAUAAAUGACAAGUAGUGCGGAUUUGUUGUGAACGAGCCUGGUGAUCAUGGUCAACUCCACAACUGUUGUCUGAAAAGUGCUCCCAACACAUGAGAUGGAGCUUAUUACCAAGGGUGUUUGAAACGAAGACCAGGACCUUGACAUAGUGACUGUGCAUCACAGAGGCAGGUGCCACAAAGGACGUGGCUAAGCCGUGGGAAAUGCCUAAGGAAUAAUAAAUAAAGGCCAAAACCUUCCCUGCCUAAAUAUAAACAAGCAAAGCCCAUGUAAGCACAGGUCAAAGGCAAACCCCAUUUGUAUUUUCUCGUAGACAUGUACUUUGUUGACUGUAAAUUCACUCACAUGUAACCUCUGACAUUUCACUCUGUGCAAAUAAAGAACACGAGGACA